AUGUCAGGCUGGACAACGAUCUGGGUACUUUUUGCGGCCAUUCUGACAGGCGCUGUUUCUUGGUACACGACACCGAAAGGACCAAAUCAACUCUUGAUCCGAACCAGCGUGAUCAUGGUGCUGGCAUGCUGCUAUAUGAUGUGGGCGUGCGCAUACCUUGCGCAACUUCAUCCGUUGAUACAGCCAAAACGAGGUGAUGUACGUUUCUUUGACUAG